CUUUAGUGGGCACAGUUCACGGACGAACUCGCAGCACCAUCCUGAGGACAAAAGAAACAUCCCAUGUCAUGAGGGGAACAUGGUGACUUAGAAUGGGGCGCAGUUUCCCUGGGUCACGGAACACAGUCUGAGGCCAGGAUGUGAGGCGAAGCCCCCACGGGCUUAGGGGUUCAGAUAGUCUUGAGCUCACCUUCCAGGUCCACCGCUUAGUUGUGUGACCUUGAGCCUGUGUCUCGGUGUCUCUGAGUGUCCGUUUUCUGAGUCUGUAACAUGGGGAUUACGAGAGCGCCUGUGUCUAGGGUGGCUAUAUGAAUGGACCGAGCUAAAUGCUGAGGCUGUUGGCUAGUGAAGACAUCCCCGCAAGACUUGAUCAGUGUUUUAUGGCUAUACAGUUAAAGCAAGGGUUGAAUUCCACAAAUCAAAAACCAACCCUUUUUAGAGAACCAACUCUCUAGCACACCCAGAGCCCCAGGCUUCUCCGAGAAGAAAACUGGAGAAAGCAGACGACCCUCUCUCCUUGGGCCGGCUCACAAACUGCUAGCCAAGCAUUGGAGCCAGGCAGCCGCUUCCCGCCUAUGUCUGCACUGAACCCAGAGCUGGGGAUGUGACAGCUGCCCAUGGUGCUCGCUGCGUCUCUCUCUGGGGAUGGCAGAGUUGAGAGAGGUACUGCUGGUCCUGCUGUACAUGGCCCACUCGUCAUCUGCCAUUUGCGGCACCCAGAAAGCCAACAUCGUGGACGAGCCCAAGGAGAACCUCGUGGGCAGCAACGAGUUCCCCUGGGUGGUGUCCUUACAGGACCCACAGUACACCCACCUGGCAUUCGGCUGCAUUCUCAGCAAGUUCUGGAUCCUCAGCACCGCCUCGGCUCUCCAACACAGGAAGAAGAUCAUUGCUGUUGUCGGUAUAGCUAACAUGGACCCCAGAAAGGUGGAUCACACAGAGUACCCAGUCAAUAUGAUCAUCCUCCAUGAGAACUUUAAUAACAGAUCCAUGAGCAAUAACAUAGCCCUCCUGAGGACAGAAUCUGCCAUACAUUUCGACGAUAUGGUCCAGGCCAUCUGCUUCCUGGACAAAAAGCAAGACAAAGCACCAACCUUGAAGAACUGCUGGGUGGCAGGAUGGAAUCCCACGGCUGCAACAGGAAAUCACAUGACAAUGAGUAUCCUGAGGAGAAUCUACGUGAAAGACAUUGAACUGUGUCCUUUACCUAGAGACCAGAAAACAGAAUGUGCCAGUCACACAAAUAAGGAAUCCACCAAUGUUUGCCUGGGGGAACCAGGAAGUCCGAUGAUGUGCCAAGUGAAGAAGUCGGAUCUCUGGGUCCUCAGAGGAAUCGUGACCCGUGGAGGCGACUUGUGCCCUGGCCUGUUUCUGUAUGCCAGUGUGGGAGACUACAGCGACUGGAUCAUAGCCAAGGCGAAUAAGGCUGGCCCUCCCCUGUCUGUGCUGAACCCCUGGGAGAAGCUGAUCCCCGAGGCCCCCUUUCAAGAAUCAAAUACUGCCCUGACAAAGAAUUCGAGUUCUGUGCAAGGCCAUGCUGAGCGGCCCCGAUCCUACUCCCAGGGCCAAAAAAUGUCCACGCUGUUCGACCAGCCCACAGACGGCAGGCAGAACUUCAGGGUAAACGGUCUUCAGGAAUCAAGCUGGCCUUCGAAGGUGGCUGUUCAACCCAUGUACUACGACUACUAUGGUGGGGAGGUGGGGGAAGGCGGGGCCAUGGCCGGCCAGAACAGGCUGCGCUGGCCCCAGGGAAGGAUCUUGAUGUCCCUCGUGCUAGUGUUCUUGGGCAGCGGUGUCUAGCUGGCAGCUAACCUACCCCACAGACAAGAAGCUCAGAGCGCAAGGUGCUAGGCAUCUGCCGUACUGUUCCGGUGUCUGUUCUGUUUUGAGAGGUGCCACCUGGGCGGCCGCGGGCAGGCCCACAGCAGCGCGGGGCUGGCUCUCCCUCCUCUGUCCCACUCCCAUGUGUGGGCAGGUCACUUCAUUUAUGCUUGUGAUAAAUGUGGGCUAACAAGUGUCAAA